GGAGCCGCCGCGAGGGGGCGCCACGAGGCGUGCCGACGGUGCCCAUGGCGUCCCAGGACGGCCUCCGCAGGGGCCGUGGAGGCACACGCCUGAGCCUCCACCUCCUGAUCUGGCUUCAGCUCCUUCAAUCCCUGCUCAGUGAGCCAUACCGACCCGAGGAGGAUUCCAGAAUGACCCCGGCAAGCCCAGAAGCCCGGAAGCCGCCUGUGCACCUGAAAUUCCCCAAAAUUCCAGAAACCUCUGUAGCUUCAGGGUCUCCAGCGCCCGCAGGGCCUCCAGGAUCCUGGGUUACUUCAGCAUCUACAGUGGGAGAAGCCUUGGAAUCCGACGGGAUCUCCGAUCUUGGAAGGCAGUUUUCUCAGGCUUCAGGACCAGUGCCAUUUGUUCUUCAGGAGACUGAGCUAAACAUUAUGCAUCAUGAGAAAUGUCGUGAGAUGCUCAAGAACAAGAGUAUAUCCAAGAGUAGAAUGGUCAUGAGGGGGACCAUCUGUGGCUAUCAUGACCAAGGGAAGGAUGCCUGUCAGGGAGAUUCUGGGGGGCCCCUGGUCUGUGAAUUAAAUGGCACAUGGGUCCAGGUGGGGAUUGUGAGCUGGGGCAUUGGCUGCGGUCGCAAAGGAUACCCUGGAGUUUACACAGAAGUUAGUUUCUACAAGAAAUGGAUUAUUGAUCACCUGAGACAAGCUUCCUGUUUGAAUUCAACAGACUUCCUCAUCCUAGUCCUGUGUCUGGUGAUGCCCCUGGGCAUCCUGGUGACCCCGUGAUCAGACCCCAUUCCACUCUUCUGCUGUUUCUGAGUCUCACACUUAGGUGUCUCCUCUGACCAACCUCCCACCGCUUCUCAAUGCCUUUUCCGCAAAUCCCAGUUGGAAUCCACGGGCCCUCUGGAGAUCCGUACAAUAGAGCAUGGCAGGGAGACUGGGGCCUGGAAAGUGCCCCUGCCUGGUGCUCUGGUCACCUGCCUCAGCCAUGCCUGCACCAGGGCUGUGCCCUGGCUGGUGGGAGGGAGGCAGUGAACCGAUUCCAGCUAGAGGGCCAGCUGCCCUGCCAGCUGGGCCAUGGUGACUCAUCAAUAUCUGGAGGAACAUCUAUCAAAGAAGAGACAUCAUCAAUGGUGAAGCAAGCGUUAGAUGGUUCUGGUUUCAGGGCUCCCACAUGAGACCUUGUGAGAGCAGCCAGCUGGGUGAUUGCUCAGAGAGAGUGAAGGAGGCGUUACCAGGUCCUCGCAGAGGUGUGAGGCCUGGGACUUCCACUCUGGCUCAGUUGUCUGGGGCUGGGAGAAGUUCCCCUGCAGCCCAGUGUGGAUCCAUCUGUGAGUGGACAGCCUCUGCCACACUAGUUCUUUUGGAGCAACCCAUUCUUGGCACCCCCUUCCUCAGUGCCCUAAUGGCCACUUUCAGGGACACCACAAGUUGUAUUGAGGCAGUUAUGGAGUGUGGAGUUUUCAUAAAUCAACUGAAUACAUGUUUGGAGAGUC